GAAGAGAACUAGAAAGCGUUGAUAAUUGUUCAUGUUGUGUUUAGCAUCUAUCGGCCUGCGAGUGAUUGUUGGUGAUCACGUGACGUGAUGCGGAAGUGACGCGGGGCACUCAAAAGAGUUCAGCAUCUGGGAGCAAAAACACCAGCUAGCUUCAUUUUAUUUGCAGAGAAGCGGGCUCUGACAAGGCAAUAACAUCAACCACAUUUGCGAUUAGGCAGCCAUAAUGAAUCCAGUAUACAGCCCUGCACCAACAGGGGUCUCUUUCACCAAUCCGAAGGGUAUAGGCUAUCCAGCUGGAUUCCCUGUUGGCUACGCUGCAGCAGCCCCAGCGUACACUCCAAGUGUCUAUCCAGGAGCAAAUCCCGCCUUUUCAAGUGGUUACGCCCCUGGUACUCCCUUCAAAAUGUCCUGUUCUCCCAACUCUGGGACCGUACCGCCAUACUCGUCCUCCACCAAUCCUUACCCAGCCGCCGUCUACCCUGUCAGGAGCACCUACCCCCAACAUAACCCUUAUGCACAGGCGCUGAUCCCGUCACAGCAGCAAGGUACUUAUUUCACACAGCCGCUGUACGCGGCGCCACCUCACGUGAUCCAUCACACGACAGUGGUCCAGCCCAAUGGGAUGCCCGCCGCGAUGUAUGCCCCGCCCAUCCCUCCACCCCGCAACAACGGGGUUGCCAUGGGGAUGGUUGCCGGCACCACGAUGGCCAUGUCAGCUGGAACUUUGCUGUCAACUCCAUCACCGGCACCGGCCGCUCUCGCCCCCCACCCCGUCACCAUGCCCACAUAUCGGCCCGCCGGCACGCACAGCUACAGCUACGUGCCCCCUCAGUGGUGAACACGAGGCAGAGUGAGGCAGGAGGCGCUAUAGAUAUGCAUUCACACUCCAGUGGCGGACCUGCUCUGCCGGCGUCUGCAACCUGUUUGUCUUUUCCAGCAUAAUGUGAAUCUCAAACCAUGUAGGUCCAUUUGGGGGGGGGGGGGGGGGGGGGGGGGGGGGGG